AUGUCGCUCACUGACAAAGCCCCGUUUGUAGUGAUGGAAACGAGGGAUUUUUUAUUUGUUUUGUUGGAUGCGACACUUAAUAAACUGGCUAGUUGCAGUAUGGGGAAGAUUUGUGUGGAAUUGUACUGGGUUCACGCACCAAAAGCCUGUCGAAACUUCAGCGAAUCAGUUCGACGAGGAUACUAUAAUGAGACAAUAUUCCAUGGAAUAAUCGCUGAUUUCAUGAUACAGGGAGGAAGGGGUGGAGCCUCGAUAUAUGGUGGCCGUUUUGCGGACGAAAUCUCAGUCAAGCUCAAGCAUAAGGGUGCUGGUGUUCUAUCGACGGCUAACACAGGUAUUCUACUAUUUCGCGUUUCCUACUGCUCGAUUAUGAUUUUGCUUCAGGCCCAAACGCGAAGGCUGCUUUCAUAG